CCCGUCCUCUGUAUUCCCAGGACUGUCCAGAGGAGAAGGUCCCAGAGAAUCCUCAGAUAACAAAUCAAGAUCUGAUUAUUAUUAAAGUGGAGGAUGAAGAUGAGAGGGUGAUGGGCGAUCCCCCGUGUAAAAGUGAGGUGGAAGAGGACAUUCUAGGAGAUGUCACCACAGAAAAUCCCAGUAAGAAUUCUGAGGGAAACCUCAUGUUAUCACUAAAUUAUAAAGCAGAAGAUGAAGAUAUCAUGCAGCGCACUUCAGGAGAAAACCUUAAUGUUCAUCCCAGACUUCACAGUACAGAGCUAUCAUAUAAUCCCCCUAAUCAUGAGGAACCUUCUCCUGACCAAUCACAGAUUGUUACCACAAGUACAGGUCAGAAAGGGGGUAAAAGGUUUCAAAGUGGUAAAGAGUUCACAAAAAGCUCAGGUCUUACUACACACAGAAGAAUUCACAAGGGGGAGAAGCCAUAUUCAUGUUCAGAAUGUGGGAAGUGCUUUACAAAGAAAUCGCAUCUAGUUACACAUGAGCGAAGUCACACAGGGGAGAGACCAUAUUCAUGUUCAGAAUGUGGGAAAUGUUUUACACAGAAAUCACAUCUUAUUACACAUGAGAGGAUUCACACAGGAGAGAAGCCAUAUUCAUGUGCAGAAUGUGGGAAAUGCUUUUCAGAUAAAUCAAGUCUUGUUAUACAUGAGAGAACUCAUACAGGAGAGAAACCAUAUUCAUGUUCAGAAUGUGGUAAAUGUUUUACACGGAAAUCAUCUCUUGUUACACAUCAGAGUUUUCACACAGAAAGAAAGUCAUAUGCAUGUCCAGAAUGCGGAAAAUGUUUUACACGUAAAUCAAAUCUUGGUAAACAUGGUAAAAUCCACAGGGGAGAGAAGCCAUACUCAUGUUCAGAAUGUGGGAAACAUUUUGCACAUAAAUCAAAUCUUGUUACACAUGAGAAUACUCACACAGGAGAAAAGCCAUAUUCAUGUUUAGAAUGUGGGAAAUGUUUUGCAGAUAAAUCAAGUCUUGUUAGACACGAGAGAAUUCACACAGGUGAGAAGCCAUAUUCAUGUUCAGAAUGUGGGAAGCUUUUUUCAGAUAAAUCAAGUCUUGUUAAGCAUACAAGAUUUCACACAGGAGAGAAACCAUUUUCAUGUUUAGAAUGUGGGAAAUGUUUUACACAGAAAUCACAUCUUGUUACACAUGGGAGAAUUCACACAGCAGAGAAGCCAUAUUCAUGUUCAGAAUGUGGGAAGUGCUUUUCAGAUAAAUCAAAUCUUGCUAUACAUGAGAAAUGUCACAUGGAAGAGAAAAGAUUUCCACAGAUUUUAACAUAUCAGGUUAUUUAUGGAUCUUAAUAGAAGGUAAAUUUUUUUGUGGAAUUAUCUUGGAUCUUCCAAACAACUAUGGUCAACUGUGAUUAAGAUCCACAGAGGAAAAGUAUUGUGGAGAUAAGGAACAGAAGAAGAGCCUUGUUUACUUCCAGGGUAGUGAAGAUGAAUUGUCCCCAUGAACCUUACAUCUUAUCACUGUAUUCAUGCCUCCACCCACACUGCGGGAGAAUCCAGAGUGAAAAUGGAGAAAAGUAAUGGCGCUCCAUGUAAUUGUUUUAUAAUGUAUGUGGAUGUAUUUCAUCUUCAUCCAAACAGUACUUAACCACUUCCCGACAUUCACUAUACAUUUACGGCACAUGUCGGGUCUCUAAUGAUGGCUCCCCCUCUGAAGCGGAGGGAGCACCAUAGCAGCCGGGUGCCUGCUGUUUCAUACAGCAGACACCCGCGGCUAAUGUCCGCAAUCGGCAGUAAUGUUGACUGCGGACAUUUAACCCCUCAGAUCCCAUGGUCAGAUGUAACCAUGGCAUCUGAGAAAGCUAAGACCCGGCAUCACUUUACUUCCCAAUAAAAUGGAAUAAAAGGUGAUCAAAAAUCCAUACACAUCCCGAAUGGUAUUAGGAAAAACUACAGAUUGUCCCGCAAAAAAUCAGUCCUCACACAUCUCCAUAGACAUAACUAUAAGAAAAAGUUAUGGGGGUCAGAAUAUGGCAAUGCAAAGAAAAAUAAAUGUUUUUAAAAAAAAGAAUUUGUCAGUAUUAAAACGAAAGAAAAAUUAUGCAUAUGUGGUAUCACCAUAAUU